GCAGGGCUGGCUGCGGGAAGCGGGAGCGUGUCGCCGGGACUCUGUCUCUGCCUUGCAGCCUACCGCGGAAGCUUGCGCUCUUGGCGCGUCUCUCUUGUCUUCCGGCGGAGAGCUUGGGACGUGGUAAUGUCAACCAGACUUCUCAGAGCCCUGGCCGGAUCUCACUGUAUUUUAUCAAAAGCACAUCAGUGCCAAAGACUCGUUCAUCGAACAGUAAAACCACUUAAGGAAUUGGAGACUGUAACAUGCGGCACCCUGACAAGAAGUCAGAACUCGUAUUUGUUCUUUCCUGGUCCAGCAGCUGAUGGUUUGAAUAAGUUCCAGGUCCUGGAAAUGAACCAGAAAAUAUCAAAUACAAGCACACGCUCUCCAUUAAACACCGUGCAUCGCCGAGAAGAAAAAGCACACCUUCCAACCAGGAAGUCUUUUGGUACUCACAGGAAAGUGACUCACAAACCAAGUCUGUUAGGUUCUAAGUGGUUUAUAAAAAUAUUAGAGAGGCAUUACUCAUCUAUAUCAACAGAAACACUUGUGCCUAGACAAGAUUUUCCCCAAAUUAAGAGACCACUAAAAGCAUCGAGGACCAGGCAGCCCUCCAGGACCAACCUCCCAAUUCUGUCUGUGAACGAGGACCUGAUGCACUGCACAGCAUUUGCAACAGCAGAUGAAUAUCAUCUUGGAAACCUCUCUCAAGAUCUGACCUCGCAUGGAUAUGUUGAAGUAACAAGCUUGCCUAGAGAUGCAGCAAAUAUUUUGGUGAUGGGUGUGGAAAAUUCUGCAAAAGAAGGUGAUCCUGGAACAAUAUUCUUCUUCAGGGAAGGAGCUGCUGUGUUUUGGAACGUGAAAGACAAAACUAUGAAACAUGUGAUGCAAGUUCUAGAAAAACAUGAAAUUCAGCCCUAUGAAAUUGCACUGGUACACUGGGAAAAUGAAGAGCUUAACUACAUAAAAACAGAAGGACCGUCAAAACUUCACAGAGGGGAGAUCAGGUUAAAUUCAGAGCUAGACUUAGAUGACGCCAUUCUAGAGAAAUUUGCUUUCUCAAAUGCUCUUUGCCUUUCAGUGAAACUGGCUAUUUGGGAAGCAUCACUGGAUACAUUUGUGGAAUCUAUUCAGUCAAUUCCAGAGGCUUUAAAAGCUGGGAAGAAAGUGAAACUCUCUCAUGAAGAAGUUAUGCAGAAAAUGGGUGAACUCUUUGCCCUAAGAGACUUGGCCUGAAGAGGAGAAGUGGUCCAGUGUUUCAUCAUCCAUGCCUUUCUCAUAGCUCAGGGACCCUAACUCAGAGCAGCAACAAAAAUAAAAAACCCAUUUAUCAGGAGCAUCCUGCAGCACUUCUAAAGCCUUGAGUUCUCUAAGAAGUGGGGUAGAGAGAGUCUUCUCGCCUUUUUUCUUGGUAAUGCAAGCAGAGUUUGAUAUAGUGAGUUAUAACAUCAAAACUUAGAAGUUAGGGGGUCGGCCACAUGGCGUAGUUGUUAAGUUCGGUGUGCUCUGCUUUGGCGGCCGGGGUUCGCGGAUUCGGAUCCUGGGUGCGGACCUAUACCACUCGUCAGCCAUGCUGUGGCAGCAACCCACAUACAAAAUAGAGGAAGAUUGGCACAGAUGUUAGCUCAGGGCUCAUCUUGCUCAAACAAAAAAAGAAGAUUGGCAACAGAUGUUAGCUCAGGGCGAGUCUUUCUCAGCAAAAUAAACUUAGAAGUUAGGACUAAAUAUACUUAAGUUGGUGAAUAGUUUCUAUACAAUCUUACUGUUCUUAUCCUAAGUUUUCUUCUCUUUAAAAUAAAAGUGCUGGGCCGGCCCCGUGGUGUAGCAGUUAAGUGCAUGCGCUCUGCUGCUGACGGCCCAGGUUCGGAUCCCAGGUGCGCACCGACACACUGCUUGUCAGGCCAUACUGUGGUGGCGUCCCACAUAAAGUGGA